AUGAAUGAACCGCAAGUAAAUCCAGAAGUUGAUAACUAAUCUGUAAUUUCAGAAGAGAGCAACGCUGAUGAUAUCGACGUGUUUGGUCAAGAUUAAGAAAUUGAUAAGUUUCCACUCUUAACGAGUAUUUUGGAUAGUAGUUGGUUUUAAAUAUUCGUAAAUCUGUUAACUAUCUAUGCUCUAUUUGGCGAUGACAUUAGAAUUAUUGCUUUUGAUAAAAGAGCUGAUGAUGGAUUCGAUGUAAUCACUAUAAUAUGCAUGAUAAUAUUUUCAAUUGAAAUUGUCAUUGCAAGCAUGGUUAGAACUGACUAUUUUAAUUCAUUCUUUUUCUGGCUGGAUAUAAUAUCAACAGUUUCUUAAAUUUUGGAUAUCACCUAGUUCAAUAUUGCAGUUGGUUUACAAGGUUCCGUAGCUGCAAAAUCCGCCUCCUAAUUGUCCCAAGCCAACAAAGCCUCUAAGACUAGUUCAAAAGCAAUUAGAGUUGUUCGUCUUGUUAGAUUAAUUAGAAUAGUUAAGUUGUAUAAGGCAGCUAGUUAUUCGUAGGAAUAAGCAUUCAAAAGGUAACCAAUCCGAACUUAGACCAUUAAAAAAAGUAGAGCAACAAUUUAUCCAUCUGUUUAUGAGAACAUUAAUAAUAUAGCAAUUGAAUAAGAGAAUCUAAAUAAAAAAGAGAAUCACACUGAAUAACGGGGCAGUAUUGAGAGUCAUAAACCAGAAGGAGAAGAUAAUGCGAAUAGUUAAGAAAAUCGAGAAAAUUAAAAUAUGGUUGCAAAAUAACUCUAAAUUGAGAAUUCGAUUCCAAAGAGCUUACCAAAUCGUAGACAGUCUAUGAAAGAACCAUCGUAAAUCAAAGCAAAAGAAAUAAAAGAAUCAAGAGUGAGCAAGAGAUUAUCAGAUUCCACAACGAAGAAAGUCAUCAUCCUUGUCAUUAUAUUGCUUUUAAUCAUGCCUUUAUUUAGUUCUGAUUACUAUUUUGAACCCUCAUAUAGUUUGGCUUAUGCAGCUUCAUAUUUCAGAGUUGUGGCUGAAAUUCCGAAUACUAAAUUAAGUGAGAUCAAUUAGACAAUUAAUUUUGUGAUCGAUUAGCAUAAAUCAUUUGACACACCUGUAGGAUAUAUCACUAACCCAUUUACUGAGAUAGAGAAUUACGAAACCCCUUCAUAUUAAUUUUUAAGAGAAAGUUCGAAAAGCUAUUAUUUUGAAUUAGUAGAUCCUGUAUUAGUGGGAUUGGAUUACAUCGGUGAUCCUGUCAUUCUUUUUGUCUCAGAUAAUUCUGAUGUUGAGUCUAAGAAUUCAAUUAUCAAUAUUGUUAAUACCUUAUUUGUGAGUGCUGUAUUGUUAUUUGGAGCAAUUGCAUUUUCCAAUGAUGCUAGUAAUGUUGCAUUGAAACCAAUAGAUAGGAUGAUAGUGAAAGUCAAUUUAAUAGCUAAGAAUCCUUAAUUGGCUAAGGAGAUGAAAUUAGAAUCUGAAGGAACCCAAAAGGAAACCACUUAGAUAGAAAAUGCUAUCAUCAAAAUAGGGGCCUUGUUGGCAUUAGGAUUUGGUGAUGCAGGUUCUGCUAUUAUAGGAACUAAUAUGGCAUCAUCAGGAGAUGUGGAUCCUAUGUUACCAGGUAAACGUAAAUGGGCAAUUUAUGGAUUUUGUGAUAUUCGUAAUUUCACUGAUGCCACUGAGGUCUUGCAAAAAGAUGUGAUGUUGUUUGUCAAUAAUAUAGCUGAGAUUGUUCAUUCAAUGGUGGAUCGAUAUCAAGGAUCAGCCAAUAAAAACAUAGGAGAUGCAUUCUUAUUAGUUUGGAAAAUCAAUGAUUCUUAAUGGUAUGAGGAUGGAAAUGAAAUCAAAUGGUCCAACUUGGUGUUCAUAAAUUAAUUAGCUGAUUGUGCUCUAAUUGCUUUCAUGAAGAUAUAUGCUAAGAUCAAUAGAGAACCCAAAAUAUUAGAAUAUAGAAAUGAUGAGAGAUUAAGUCAACGUUUGCCAGGAUAUAAAGUCAAGAUGGGAUUCGGAUUGCAUAUAGGAUGGGGUAUAGAAGGGGCCAUUGGAUCAGAAUUCAAAAUUGAUGCCUCCUAUCUAAGUCCAAAUGUUAACAUGGCCUCCCGUUUAGAAGCUGCAACUAAAUAAUAUGGAGUGGCAGUCUUGAUCUCAAGUGAAUUGCACCAAUAUUUCUCCAAUGAAAUCAAGAAAUAUACAAGAUAGAUCGAUAAAGUUACAGUGAAGGGAAGUGUUAAGCCUGUUGGUUUGUUCACAGUUGAGAUGGAGGGAGAUGAUUUGCCUCUUAGUAAGUAGGAUUACCCUUAGGAAGAGAAGCAAUAAGUGAUGUAUGAGAAAAAGCAAAUCUUUCUUUAAUAAUUAGAGUCUGGUGAUUUUAAUGGAGAAUUGUAUAUGAAAAGAAACAAGGAUCUUGGACUUAUAACUAAAAAUUUCAAUCCAGAAUUCUUGCAUCAAUUUGGUCAAGGAUUCUAAGGCUACCUGUUGGGAAAUUGGAAAGAGGCCCAUAUGUGGUUUGAAAAAGCUAAGUAACUUAAACCGAAUGAUGGUCCAAUCAGUACACUUUUUAAUGUAAUGGGAGAAACUAAUUUCAAAGCUCCUUAAGAUUGGAAGGGGUAUAGAGAAUUAACAGAAAAAUGA